ACUUAUCCAAGAAGACAACUCAUUACUCCCCGGCAAAGUCUUACUCGUUCAGCACUAUGGAAUUCUCUUCUAAAAAUUAUCUCCAUUAACCUCUCCCCCUUCAAUCUUUUUUCAAUGGCAAUCCUCAGCUCCAACUUUCAUUCCAAAAAGCUCUUACUUUUCCUCAACAUCUCCUUCCUCUUCCUCCUCUCUCUCUUUCUCAAAUCUUCAGUCUUUCCCCACCAAUCCAUUCAACUCAAUUCUUUACUCCCCCGGCGAGAACUUGUCGCCGACGGUUGCGCCGGCCUCCAUGACUACAGUGAUUACAAAUCUCAGUGUACGUACGUCAAGUCUCAAGUGGGUUGCGAGCCAAAAGGUUAUAUAAACUAUCUCAGAAUCUUUUACUGCACUUGUGGCCAAUUUCCCAUUCUUGGUCACUUUCUUCUUCUUCUAUGGCUUCUUGUUUUGUUCUAUUUAAUGGGCGACACAGCUGCCAAUUACUUCUGUUCAUCUUUAGAGAGUUUAUCCAGAAUCCUGAAACUCCCUCCAACUAUAGCGGGAAUCACUCUCCUUUCUCUCGGAAAUGGAGCUUCUGAUGUUUUCGCUAGCAUUGUUUCCUUCACGAGAUCUAACGAUGGAGAUGUUGGCUUGAAUAGUAUUUUGGGUGGUGCCUUUUUCAUCUCCAGUGUUGUCGUUGGAGUUAUAAGUAUUUUCACGAGUCCUCAGGAGAUUUCAGUUGAUAAGCAUAGCUUCAUCAGAGAUGCUCUCUUCUUUUUAUCAGCUCUUCUGGCUCUUGUCUUGAUACUUCUUAUCGGAAAAAUCAGCUUGUUGGGCGCAAUUCUUUUUGUUUCUAUUUACUUCGUCUAUAUUUCAGCUGUUUCUGGUUCAUAUUUCUAUCAGAAAAGAAAAGAGAGAAACAUGAACCACCUGUUUGAUGUUCCAAGGAGUACUUUCUUUGUAAACAGCGAGGAUGAAUUUGCAGAAAGAGGCAUACCAUUACUCGGUUAUGUAGAUGACGAAAAACCAAUUUUAAUAGAGAUCAAAAACAGCAGCCUGCAAAAUCAACAUCAUCAUGAGCACGAUUUAUCCUUUUCUUAUUACUUUCUCAAGCUUUUAAAUGUUUUGGAGUUACCUCUAUACUUGCCAAGAAGACUCACAAUUCCAGUUGUUAGUGAGGAGAAAUGGUCAAAAACAUAUGCAGUAAUUUCAGUAACACUGGCGCCACUUCUCUUGGCAGCAAUCUACAACACCCAAAGGGAAAAACACACGGGCUCCAGGAUCAGCCUGGUGACUUUCAUGGCUGCAGGAGUGAUUGCAGUAAUUCUCGGGAAUCUUGCCUAUGUCACUACAAAAAACUCAAGUCCUCCAAAAAACUGCUUGCUUCCUUGGCUGGCUGGUGGGUUUCUGAUGAGUGUAACAUGGACAUAUAUUACUGCGGAGGAAUUGGUGUCUUUACUAGUUUCAAUUGGGAAUAUUCUCGGAAUAAGCCCUUCAGUUCUUGGACUUACUGUUUUAGCUUGGGGAAAUUCACUUGGGGAUUUGAUAUCAAAUGUUGCAAUGGCGAUGAAUGGUGGGGCAGACGGGGCACAAAUUGCGAUAACAGGCUGCUAUGCGGGGCCAAUGUUCAACACACUAGUGGGUCUUGGGAUGUCACUUGUUUUUUCAUCAGCUUCAGAAUAUCCAGCGGCUUAUCAAAUUCCUAAAGAUCCUUCUCUCUAUGAGACUUUAGCGUUUUUGAUUGGAGGUUUGCUCUGGGCACUGGUAAUUUUGCCCAGAAAAAGUAUGAGGCUGGAUAGGUCUCUAGGGUGUGGACUUUUGGCCAUUUAUUCUUGUUUUCUUUCUCUGAGGGUGGCUAGAGCUCUUGGUAUUCUAAAUCUUCACUGAUUAAUUUUGUAUUUUUGUCAUUAUACAUAUUUUAUAGUGAUUUUACUAUCAUAAAAAUCAACACGUAAACCAAGCUAGUUGGUUUCUUUGUUUAGAUUAUCACAUCUUAUUAUAAGGCAAACUAUUUCAAAGAUUAGAAGCAAUUUGU